UGUGUCUGGCGCUGUUGUGUGCUCUCCUGCUGACAGCCCUCAUAGUGCUCAUUGUUUACUAUAUAGGAGUUGCACAUAAGGCAAUGAAAGUUGAGAGAGACCAGCUGCAGAUGAGUUACAGUCUCCUGGAAACAGAGAGAGACCAGCUACAGACCAAUUACAGUUCACUGGUAAUGGCGAAAGAGCAGUUACAGGAGAAUUAUAAUAACUGCAGAGCCACAAAUGAACAAUUAAAACGUCUGAAAGCCUGUCCUCAGGGGUGGACAUGCUUCAGCUCAAAGCUGUACUACAUCUCCACUGAGAGGAAGAGUUGGAGUGAAAGCCAGAAGGAUUGUAAAGAGAGGGGAGCAGAUCUGGUGAUCAUCAACAAUGAAGAGGAACAGGACUUUAUUUCUCAGUUUACUGGGCCUUUCUGGAUUGGUUUGAGUGAUAGAGAGAGAGAAGGAACCUGGAAAUGGGUGGAUGGGACAACGCUGCAAGAGGGACAAGGUGUAUUUGACUGGUAUCUUUACAGGAAGCCCCCUAUUUCCUAA